AUGGCCAAAGCAGACACCACCGACGAGCAGAUCGGUCUGGUCGGCCACGUAAAGAACACGCUGCUCAAACCUUUCGACUACAUCCUCUCCCAAACCGCUAUCCGCGCCUACCUCACCACCUUCCUCUUCCUCCUCACCUCCCUCCUCCUCCUCGCCGCCGCCGUCACCGCCUACGUCCUCUUCUACUACACCUACAUCCCGCGCAUCGGCUUCGAACGCACCAUCCACCUGCAAUUCGAUGACGUCUACCGCCCCGACGACUCCAGAUUCGUCGCCAACCCCUACGGCUCCGUUAGUCUCGUCGGCGACCUCGUGAGUGCUCAACGCUACGAUGUCUCCAUCGAACUCCUCCUCCCUCGGACGAGAGAGAAUCGCGAUGCGGGUAACUUCAUGCUCGAUGCGAUUCUGUACGCACCCGGCAGUGUUAUCGAUCCGUUGAAGGACACGCUCGUCCCAGGGCAGGCGGAAGCGGACAAUCGUAUAGCGCGCUCCCGCCGUCCGGCUAUCCUGGCCUACCGCUCGCCGAUUGUGGACCAGUUGUAUAAGAUGACGGAACUCCAUUGGUAUCUCCUCGGCUGGCGAAAAGAGGCGGAAAGUCUGACGGUCGGCAUAUUCGAGGGGGUGGAGUUCGACCGAGGCUGGCGCAAUGUGCCUUCCACGAUGACGCUCGCGGUGCAGAGUACCACUCGCCUGCAGAUCUACUCCGCAAAGGCGGUCUUCAAAGCAAGGUUUCGCGGGUUGAGGUGGAUGAUGUACAACCAUCGCAUCAUCAGUGCCAUUGUCUUUACGCUUGCAUUCUGGGUGACGGAGAUGGUGUUUACGGGAAUUGCCUGGGCUGCCGUCAGCUAUUACUUGGCUCCGCCGCAACAGACGAAAGCGGAGGAGAUGCACGAAGUGGCAGUGGGCGUGAAGAAGGAGAGCGAUCUGGAGGACGGCGAACCGGUGCUGUCUGAUACCGAACGGAGGUUUCCGACUUCGAGCAAGCAGCCGCCAUUGCGGUACGAGAGUCCGCGCAUCAAACAGGAAGAUGAGGAGGACGAGACUGUCAUUCUUCCUCUUCCGGAGAAUGUGGGCAAAGCUACCGAGGCGGAUGACGAGGAUGACGAAGACGAAGAUGCGGAUGUCUUUGUGGAUUCGGGGAUUGGGACGAGCAUGGAGAGCAGUGCGGGUCGGAGGGACAGUGUGAGGAGACGGAGAGGCAGGGCAGAUUCUGGGGGUGGGGUGAAGUGA